UACCAUCUUCUUUGUUCUUUGUUAUCCAUCGAUAUUGACCCGUCAUAAAUAAAUUACGCUAAGGCCUGGGCUAGACAAGGUACAUACCUAAACAUGUGACUGUCCAUGUCACUAGGGUGUUGCGCGCGUUCUCCUUUUCUCUGCCUCACUUCUCAUAAAUCUUCCAUUCCGCUCUUGGGUCUCUUCUGGUCGUGCUGCUUACAGCUGGUUUCCACUUCCAUUCUACUCUCUUUUACCGACCUACUAGCCCUCUGGCCUCCUGUCGUGGCCCGGCGUUCGCUGCUAUGGCUUCUAUAUGCAGGCCGCUACAAAGUUUGAUACAUGUGACGUCGUUCAUGUGAAAGGAAAGCCUCAUUUGUUGGGAACAGUCAUUCGGACUUAUUACGAGGCCGACGAGGAGGCUCGGACAGAAGGCCUGGUUUUGUGCCAUACUUCCGUACCGAAGGAUGUUCUUACUGCGUUUGUGCAGACUCAAAGACCACCAAGGGGUUAUGUCUUCGUCGAGUUUGUGAAGCUCUGCCAUGGAAAUUCCCUCAUCCAUGAAGACGACCUCGAGCUCGUCGACCGGAUGUUUGAGAUAGGCUUCCGCGUCAAGGAAAACCUCCAGAGUCCUUUUGCUGGCACGGUCAUCAACGCGUCGGUGAAAUGUAAUCUCCAGCCGAUCGCCUAUCAGCCACUCGAUCCGCAAACUGGAGACCACGGCCCGUUGAAAUUCUCGGAAAAGCCCAGCGGUUGCGCCGUCUGGCCAUCAAUUGUGGAUUCGAGUGAUGACGGCCCUCCAGAGCUACAUGACGUGCCAAUGGCAGAGCUUACCGGAUAUGAGCCGUUUUGCAAAGAUGACUUUAUCAUCUAUCGGGAGAAAGUCGGAAAAGUCAAGUCUGUUGAGCGCGAAGCGGUCUUGCUGCUUCCCGUUCAGAAAGUCAUUUCAGUUCACGAUUACAACCGCAUUGAAACUCCCAUGUUUAGUAGUGAGCAAGACAUUGUAGCGAUGCCUGAAAACCCUGAUUCAAUCCAUACGUAUUCUCUGGUUGAUGGCCGAUACAUCUGGUCAACAAAAGGGGAACCAGCAUUUCCCGGCCAGUAUGUUAUGACGGCUGCAACUAACCUGAAUGAAAACGACCUGGAAUUGGAUACAGACGCAUGUGCUGCGCCAGAGGGCUACAUAUUGGCCACGACUGCAACAAGCUACAAUAUCGAUUGGAUCUGUCCGAACGUUUUCGCUGUGGGCACGCCCUAUUGGGGUCCCGGCAGUGAGAGGCUUGGGGCUGCCACAAUCCACGAACAUGCUGUGAAGUGUGAUUUUGGCCAGUUGCCUGAAGGCUCCUUGUCCCAAGAGAAAACUGUCAGAGCUGACAUGUGGUUUGAAUCCGGGGACUUGGUUCGGUUUCGCGACCCUGCGGAUGCGACUCAGAGAUACCCCAUGUACCGACGCAUCUCAUCCGAUGAGUCCUUCGGAUACGACCUGAACCUCCUACGCAUCAUGUCUACUCAAACGGAGGUCACUGUUAAAUGGCAAGACGGUAGCACCACCGUCGAAGAUGCCACGAGUUUACGUGUGUUCGAUGAAGUGGAUGAAUUAUGGCCUGGGACCGUGGUCGCCUUGAAAGAAUCGAUAGAGAUACUCCAUAAGCCCCCGCCUCCCAAGCUUAUACCUUUGCAUCUUAAUGAAUCCGAGGCCAUGGUGGCAAGUUAUCGGCCAAAGAAAGUCGGCAUAGUCCAAACUGUUGAUGGCGGUCAAAGAGUAGCUUCCGUCAAAUGGUACAAAACCCCGGACAUAGAGCUUACGCAUAAAGGCAAUAUGAUGACUACUAGCUCGUCUUUCGGAAUACUCGGUUCGGAUGUGACAGAUGUGUCUAUCUACGAGCUCGUUGCCUACUCGUGCUUAAACCCUUUGAUUGACGAUAAGGUGCUUAUUGUUCCUGACACCGUCCACCAGGCCACAUUGCCAUUUUACGACGAAAAUAUGAACCGGGCGUCUGCGGGCCUCUGUAAAAUGGACUUCAUCAUGCCGAGCACAUUCUCCGAAACGUCGCUUUAUCUUGAGUUUAUGAAGAUGAGCAUCGCACACACAGCAUGGUUCAGGGAUUCAGUCUCCAUCGAUACCGCUCCCGUGCCUUCGCAGAUUGACUUUGGUCACACGGAUUUCAACGCCAACUCCAAAGCGAGCUUUUUCGGAAAGAUUGUUUCCAUAGACACUGACGGACUUAUUACGGUCCGGCUAGCUGCUGCUAACCAUUGCCGUGAUAUCCGUGUCUCGCUAGAGAGGCUGAUGCUGGUGAUUGACAGUAAUGCGAUGUCAUCUAAGGUCUUCCCAACGCCCGAUACCGCUGCUGCCUCUCUUCGGAUCAAUAGUCUAGUUAAUUUUGUCUGUGAUCUCUUAGAUGGAAUCCUGAAUUCCGAUAACCCUACCAUUGAUCCGUCUGCGUUAAACGGAAUUCAACAAUUUUUCUCCACAGGAUCAGAUACCGAGAUGGAUGGAGAUAGCAAUAAUGAAAACCUCGAGGACGGUACCAACGCGGAGAUUGAAAUCGAUGGCGGAACUCAUGAGCUCAGCGAUGGUCAAUUCGAGGCACCUAUGACCGCUAACAUUAUACCCCCCGAGGGUCCCGAAACCAAGAAGGAAUCUAAAGAUUGUAUGGAUCUUACAGAGACGUCUCCAGUCUUGGGAGAAGCUGCUACUCAGUCCUCUUCAUCAGCAGGAUGCCCUCCAGCGUUCGCGGUGUUAGAAGGUACGCCUCCUUCAGAUCAUCAUUUCUUAACCGAGCAGGUAGGCAGUCCCGGUAUGAUCGUCAAACGAAUUCAUAAAGAAUAUGGGAUUCUCCGCUCUUCACUGCCCCCAGGCAUAGCCGUGCGAGCUUGGGAAUCGAGGGUUGAUCUCCUGCGGGUUUUGAUAAUCGGCCCUCAGGGAACACCGUAUGAGUAUGCACCGUUUGUUAUUGACUUUCACUUCCCCAAUACCUUCCCAGACUCGCCUCCGACAUGCUUCUUCCACUCGUGGACCAACAACUCCGGACGGAUCAACCCAAAUUUGUAUGAGGAGGGAAAGAUUUGCCUGAGUAUCCUGGGGACGUGGGCAACGAAGAAUCCGGAGGAAGGCUGGUCAGCUGCCAAUUCAACGGUCUUGCAAAUUAUCGUGUCUAUUAUGGGACUUGUGCUGGUAAAGGCACCAUUUUACAACGAACCUGGCUUUGAGGCCUUUGCGGAAGGGGGCAAUGAGCUCAUCCAGUCCAUGCAGUACACAGAGAAGACAUUCUUGACGACCCGCAAGUUUAUCCAGCGUGCGCUUGAGCAUCCUGUCGCUGGCAUGGAGGAUGUUUUGACAUAGCACUACCUUCCGGCCUCGACACCGCAGGAUGGGGACAACGUGCGGCCACAGUUGUUGCGCAAAUCUAUCAAGGAAGGCCUAAAAAUGAUCGAGCACCAUAAUAGUACGGCGCCCAGCGAUGAGCUUGAUGACACGAACGUGGCAUCGGCCUUUAUCCCGCGUCUCAGUCUGGGGGCUGUGGUCAUGCUGCGGAAGCACAUCGCUGCUCUGGAACGCAUUGAGUCCACCCAGAGUGCCCAAGCCGCUUGUUAGGUUCUAUCUGUGCUUUUUACGGUUAAAAAUUAUAUAAGACACCAGGUGUGGUUGCUGAAUCUAUGGUUUCUUCGAUAUGCAGCCAUUUAGUAUUGUACCUAGCUUCUUGCUCGACCAAAAAACAUAAGACAGGUCUUAAGAAAAUCGCGAUUGAAGAGACUUAAAAGCCGCGUAGCCAAGAACAACAUGAGGUAAACAGUUAUA